AUGGUCAGCCUAAAGCUACCUCUUCUUCUCGUGCUGCUGCACGCUGUCUUUGGCUCUGCCUACCGCUGGUUCAACUGGCAGUAUGAAGUCACCUGCGAAUCGGAUGCCUACAUCACUCCCGAAGAUGAAGCUGCCACUGCUGCGUUUCUCAAGGCCCAGUAUCCUAGAGGCUCGUUGAUCAAGGUCGUUGGCAAUGGCCACGGAUUCGGCAACUUGUCCACCUGCGUCGACACUACUCUCACUAACAAGCCGUCUUACAUUGUCUCCCUGGUCAACUUGAAGAGUCUUAAAAUCGACAAGAAGAACCUCACUGUCACCUUUGGUGCUGGCUGGGAUGUGCACGAUCUCGCCAAUGAGCUCAAGGCCAACGACCUAUCUUUCAAUAACCUUGGUGCUGAACGUGUCCAAAACUUUGUCGGUGCGACAUCGACGGGCACUCACGGUUCUGGCUCUCUCGUUGGUAACAUUGGCACUCAGGUUACUGGUUUGCGUGUCCUCGACGCGCAAGGCAACGUGCGCAUCGUCAAUGAAACCACCAACGCAGAAGAACUCAAGGCAUUCCGCAUCUCCCUGGGUGCACUCGGCCUCAUCACUGAAAUGACCAUCAAGGUCCAGCCCACCUACCUGCUCAAGAAGACCACCAAAGUCCUCAACGCCACCACCAACUACAACCAAAUGUAUAACGAAAUCGCCCAGCUGUACAAAGAACACGACCGCAUGACCGUCUGGGGCCCCCACUUCGACUGGAACGACGAAGCUCAGCAAUGGGCCAUUGAGCCCCAGUUCUUCGCCUCCUGGUGGGAACCAACCAACUACACUGGCGAGCGCAACUGCACCCUCAACUACUGCGCAAACGGAUGUGGCGACUGCAUCAAGAACUACAUCUGCUACGACGAAGUCACCGACGCCAUGUCCUGCCCUCCUCAGGGUGUCUGCACGCGUGAGUUCUACGCCGAAAUCGAACACUUCUUCCCUAUCGAGUACCUCGCCGAAGCAGCAACAAACUACACCCUCUUCCAGCAGGCCCAGACCCCCCGUAUGCGCGCCCCGUAUAACAACCAGAUGAUCUUCCAGUACCGUACCCUCAAGGGCGACGACUCUUACCUCUCCCCAGUCAACACGUACAACCUCAAACCUGAGCAGAGUGGCGUCUUCGCUGUGCUCGAGAUUGACUGGAUGCAAACAUACAACAACUGGACUACCCUCUGGCAGAACCAGGACCUGGCAUUUGAGUUCCUCCCGCACUUUGGUGAGACGUAUAACGUCCGCUCGCACUGGAAUAAGAUGUCCCCUGCCAAUGCUACGUUUGCGCGCGAGCAGUACCCCAAGUUGCCGGAGUUUUUGGCGAUCCAGGAACGCCAGGAUCCCAAGUGUCAGUUUGUGAAUGAGUUUUUGGUGGGCCAGUUGGGCGUUGACAGAUGUGCCAAGUAUCUUUAG